AAAAAAAAAAAAAAGAGAUUGGGAGAGUACUUAGGUUGUAACCGUGUGUGUGCCUACUGUCUUCAUCAUCAGCAGUACCCGCACGAAGUCACGGAUUAUUUGGUUCGUUCUCUUUUGUUUUCAUGUGAAGAUUUCUCCCUACUACUUUUAUUUCCUGUUGAUUUUUAUUUCCUGUGGAUUUUUGGUGUUUUCUUCUUCAAUCUUUUGGUUUGUGUACAAAAGAGGUUGGCUUUUCUGUUUUGGUAGGUGAGUGGGAUGGGAAUCAAAUGAAGAUUUGAAGUAAUCCAUUCUACAACAGCUUUUAAAUCGACACGUAAACCCACUCCAUGCAGUGAACCCACAUGGCAUCACUUUGACCAAGUCAACAGGGUAACUCUAAAAAAAUUGUGGGUGUGUACUCUUGCAUAUGUAUCUGUGUUACAAGUACAAAUUUUGAUGACAAUAAGCAAAAGAGUAGGAGUAGGAUUAGGAUAAAAUUGUGCAUUCAUUUGGGAUUUGGAUAUCUUAUGGAGUAAUGAGUAUAUAUAUUGAAUGAAGAGUGAAACAGAGUCUUCCUCUCCCGUUCUUUCAUCCGUUUAAUAUAGGCCUAGGAGUGAGACACUAAAAGCUGCCCCUAAAUACCACAAGGUCCCAUUGAUCGUGCUCGUACUCCGUAGCUUAAACAAAUUUCACCGAAAUCAAGAAAUACUCAAGGUUCACGGACUGGGAGAGGACAUGCCAAAAUUAUCUGCCUUAGGAUGGACGAGAACUUAACAGAUAGUCAUAAACCACUUUUCUUUUCGCUAAGGUCUGACUGAGACUCUUGAGCGUUGAAUAGGAAAGAAAAGAGGAAGAAACUUGUUUUCUUGGAUUGUGUUUGAGUGAUUGCUGCUUCUACCACUCCAUCACCAUGGGAUUCAGUCUAAGAAACCACACUUCUUUACCAACAAACAUGUCCGGAGUUGUUAUACCGGAAGAUGAUAAAAAACGAGUUGCUGGAAGAUCCAGGCGUCCAAUUCAUAUCACAGUCAUGUUCAACGGUGAUAACUCUGAUAUAGUUUGCUUCAGAAUGAAGCGCGAUUCCCCUCUGAGUAAGCUCAUCGAUGCUUACGGUGAAAUUACCGGUAGAUACAACCACUACACGGUCAAUUUCUUAUAUGAUGGUAUUCGGAUCAGACCAGAGAGUACCCCUCAUCAACUUGGAAUAGAAGAUGGAGAUGAAAUUGAUGUUUUUCUGGUUCAGUAAUGAUUCAAGGACUGAUUUUAGCCUUUUAGGUGUGCUUUAGAAAUGGUUCUAAGUUAAGCAAAAAAAUGUGGAAUUUUAGAUGUGUCCAGCAAAACUUGUUUUUGAUUAAUAGUUAAAGAAAUAGGAUGAUCAGACUAGCUGCUAUUUGACA